UCAGCCGACGGACGUUUUGUCGACGAACAUUUCGUCAUUUCACGCGGGACCUUUAGCCGAAGUCAAGUGUAUGACGCCCCUUCGCUCACACAUUUCUCUCGCCAUUGUAUCAAUGUGUGUCUCUGCCAGUUCUCACGUUCACCUUCCACCUGAACAAUAUUUCUGUUUGUCAUCUGUCUCACGUUCCCUCGAGAUAGUGCUUCAUUCAUUCAUGUGUAGAGGGUCGGUAGUCCAGCGCUUGUUAGGUUUUGGCGGAAGUGCUGAUGCACGCGAAAAAAGAGCUGAUGGUGAUGCAUGGAGAAAAAAGUGCUGAUGCUGAUACACGGAGAAAAAAGUGCUGAUGCAUGCGACCGCGAAGGAUCGCAAAAAGUACCCGCCCGAUAGGUAUAUAAGGGCAGAGGUGAGAAGCAAGGACAGUAGAGAAAACUGCGAAGUGAAAGCUCGAGACAAGUGACGCAGCCGUGCUUUUCUGAUUUGAGUGCUGGACUGUUGUGGUCACUGUGCGACUCCCCUCACCACGCACCACUUGGUUACACAUGUGCAAGAUUCUGAGAAGUAAGUAAGCAUCUCUCUCUGUCUCUCUAUCUCUGUCUCUCUCUCAGAAGUAAUUAAACGUUUAAAGCUUUCAACUCGUUGUACAAUUCUACCACAAAACCAAAAAAUAUAUAGAUAUGUGUAUGUGGGCGCAGGUUCCCUCAAUGUCUACUUUGGUUUUCACAUGUCAACUCUACACUCCUGCCUCUGUGUCUGUAUAUGUCUGUCUGCUGGAGCGUAUUAGUAACAUCACGUUAAACUUUGGAACUUAUCUAGUGCAUCUGGUGCAUUUCAGAUGGAAUUCACAUUCACAAAGAGGAAUAACCGAAAGCUGUUGCACGAAGGCUACGCCUAUGUCAUGGACCGCACCAAAGCCGACAACGUCACAAUUUUCUGGCGAUGCGAAAAACGAGGAGAGUGCAAAGGAAGGUUAAAGACAGUAAACGACGUUCUGGAAGGCCGUCCAUCCACCCAUUCCCAUCCGCCAAGUGUAGCCCUGACGACGUCAUCGAGGCGUUUCAACAGCUCAUGGAUUCGCUGGAUGCCGACACUGACGAGACGCUUUCAGACUUCCUCGCCUACUUUGAAAGUCCAUGGCUGGGCAUUGUGCAGCGAGGACGCCGUCGUCGCCAUGUGGAACGUCUACAAUCGUGUGGGAGACAACCUGCCCAGAACUAAUAACUCGGUCGAAGGCUGGCACCGUGCCUUUGAUAAGCGAAUGUCUGUCACGCACCCAACACUUGGCAGGCUUGUCAGCAAGUUACGCAAGGAGCAGGCAAGCACCGAGCUUAUGAUGGAACAGCUUGCCAUGGGCGUCAGGAUGCGAAAAAACAAGCAGUACGAAAAAGUCAACACACGACUGCAAGCGCUUGUUGCAAGGUACGCACAGGAGGAUGUUUUAGAUUUUCUCAAAGCUGUUGCGCAUAAUCUGUGACAAUCAAAGUGAACUGUCUGUGAACUCUGUGUCU